UAUUGCGUUUACGGUAAUUAUCUUCAAGUGAAUUCUAAUUGGAGUGCUUAAAACCUAUCCUUAGUUCAUUUAGUGCAAAUAAUGUCGUUAACGCAGUUAGUUAAACAGCGGGGAACAUUAAAAUGUAAACUAACCAACUUUAAGACGUUCCUAACGCCAUACUUAUCGAUAGCGACGUUAACUGACGUACAGGCCAGUGAAAUUCAGUGCCGUCUUAGUAAGAUUGAGGAAAUGUAUGCAGUGUUUGAUGAAUUACAGGAGCGGAUUGAAGUAGAAUCGGAGACCCCCCGGGAGCAAUAUGUUGAGCGUAUGGAUUUCGAGAACCAGUACUUCGCCAUCCUGGCCAGCGCUCGGGAAUUACUUCGCCAGCGUGGCAAGGUGGAUGCCGAAAGUAAGGUUAUGUCUGAGGCGGGUUCCGGUUCGUGCCAGCAUAAAAAUAAUCUGAAUCCUGUGCCAGAGGAGAAGAUCAACACGCUGCAGCGGUAUCGGCGCGUGGAGCAGCUCAGACUUCAUUUUUGGAACAGAUUUAAAGUAGAAUAUGUUUCACAACUACAGCAAAAAACCAAAUGGUUUUCAUCACAUGAUCAACUAGUGGAGGGAGCCCUAGUUAUCAUCAAGGAGAAAGGGGUGCCCCCUUUAAUGUGGCUACUCGGCCGCAUAGUAAAGCUUUAUAUGGGCAAAGAUGGAAUAGCCCGAGUAGCAGAUAUAAAAACAAAACGGGGAAUAAUCAAGCGGGCAUUUAAUAAUAUUUGCCCCCUGCCCACUUCCAUGUAACGUGCAUUGCACUCCGGAUUAUGCACAAGCACUCACAUCCUGCUCUCAAUUAUAGGUUCCUUGAAGUACUUCAACGCCGGGAGCAUGUUCAG